AUGUACUUGAAUCUUGUCCUACCGAAAAAUAUACUUGCCACAUUGAAACGGGAGGAACCCGACAAUGUAUCAAAUAUAAGACAAGUGUAUAACAUCUGGUACCACAAUAAUAAGGCGGUUAGGGGAGAUAGAAAUGAGAUGCAACAACUGUUGAAAUUGUUGGAUGAUAAUAAAUAUGUGUCGCGGUACAGAACUUGCGACGAUGAGGUUACAGUCCGAGAGAUUUUUUGGACUCAUCCAGAUUUGAUAAAGUUGUUCAACACGUUCCCGACAAUGCUCUUUCUCGAUUCUACCUACAAGACCAACAAGUACAGACUUUCGUUAUUUGAGGUGGUAGGUGUUACAUCCACCGAGAAGACAUACGACGUUGGUUUUGCUUUUUUGGAGUGUGAAAAAGAGGAUAAUUUUAGGUGGGCAUUAGAGGUGCGUCGGUCACUUUUGAAGGAACAAGUCGAGAAGUCUAAGGCGGUUGUUACGGACAGCGAUCCCAUGUUAAUGGAUGCGGUGACAAAGUAUCCCGGUUUAUUGAAAUAUGUUGAAAGCACCAUUCUUGAUAAGGUGAAGGAGAAGUUUGUGUGUGUGUGGACUGAUAAUGUCCGACACCUUGGGAAUACAACCACAAACAGAGUUGAGUCGACACAUGCUAGUUUGAAAAAUUGGUUGGCUAAUAACACGGGUGACUUGUGUCGAGAUUGGGACACUGUCAAUCUCAUGAUUAAAAACCAAUACAAUGAGAUACAAACCACAUUUGGUCGGAGCAUUACGUUGUUGGAACAUCGAUUUAGGGACAAUAUUCUUUAUUCUCAGUUGAUCGGCAAUAUGUCUCGGUCCGGGUUGAACUAUAUUUUUCACGAGGCCAAACAAGAUGAAACUGUCGGUUCCGAUAGCGCAAAGUGUGGUUGCAUUAUUAUUAAAACGUAUAUCUCCAGUGUGCUUGUGUUAUUGCUAAAAAGAAGAAAAGUUGAGUAUCUCUAUUACUUCCGAAUUGGAAGCGAUAAAAGAGAGGUUUUCGAGGUCGAUGACAACAUGAAACUACACAUCAAAGAACAAUUGCGGAAGAUUGGAUAUCCCGAAACAACCGACAUGAAACAACCUUCUCAACCUAUUAAGACAAAGGGUGCUUCAAAGAAAUUGAAGCCUACACCGAAUGACAACUCGACUACACGGGCUCCUUUGUAUUGUGAGCACGUCGAUAAACUUUUUCCCGACUCAUCGACUCCAAAAUCUCAAAAAUCUUAA